CACCAGAUUUAUGUAAAUAAAUUCACAUAAAUCGUUCCACAGCAUAAUCAGAACAAAGAAACAAUACCAAGCAAGCAAUUUCAAUUGAACUUAAUAUAAAAAAAAAAAAAAAAAGUGAAAUUAAAUAGUUUCUAAUUAAAGAACAAAGAAAGGGAAACAAAUCACUCCUGAAAAACAUGAAACGCGGUGACGAAACAGAUGAACCAGAAACUCACAACAACUUAUCAGUGUAAGAUCUGGUGGCGUUUAUCCAUGGAUGUGCCGAUGGAGAACAUUGUCGAGGGAGAAUAUUGGUUGUUGUUUGAAGAUUGAUCGUUCAACAAUGAAGAUGGUGUUCAUCCAUGGAUAUGUUGAAUAUUGGUUUUAGCUGUUGGAGAGAAGGUUGGAGAAGAGGGUCGAAGGAAUUGAAUGAAUGGAAGUGAGGUGAAGUGAAGCAACAACAAACAGAGGAGUCUUCUAAUCUGAUACUAUGAUAAUACAUAAUGGAUGUGUGAAAGCAGCAGAACAGAACGCGUGAAUUAAUUUGACUGGGAAUUGACAAAAUGAGUUUGGUAUGAGAAAAAAUGAGAGUCCAACAACCUUCUUCUUCUUUCUAUAGUUAGCUUCAUCUUCCCGCGUAAAACCCAAUUCUGGUUUAGAACAUUUUCCAUGACGACAUCGUUUUUCAACGGCGAGAGACUCAUCGUUCUCUUCUUCAUUUCUACAAUUCUCUACUCUCUUCCUUUCUCUCUCCUCUCCCACGGCGUUUCCCUCUCUCUUCUCGCCAUCGCUUCCUUCUUCCUCGAGAUCUCCGUCGAUUCCUCCGUUUCUCCUUUCUCUCUCCGCACCAGACCUGGUGCUUCCUCUGGAAUUCUACUCGGUGCAAUCACUCUCCCUUCUCUCAUUCUCUCCAAAUUGAUUCAAUCUUCGCGUGGAUUCUCGCUUCAACAACUUCAACCUCAAGAGAUUGAAUAUUUGACAUUGCAAUACUGGGCAACAUCUGCCAGCGUCUUCAGUGUGCUUUUAUUCCUUGCUUUCACUAUAAAGCAUUCUCAUUGGGGUGCAAGGUUAAGCUUUGCUUUUGUUUUGUCUCAAGCUGUGCUUUGUGUUGUCGCACUUUUGACUACGUCUCAGAUUGGCUUGCACCCUGCACUGAAGCUUUCAUGGGUCUUUUUUCAUGGAUUGGCAUCUGUCAAACUAAUUCAGCAUUUCAUGAGAACUUUUCCGUCUUGUGCUUCCAUUGGGGAAGCAUUUUUGGUGACUGCUGGUAUAGUUCUCUAUUUUGGUGAUAUGCUGUUGCUUACUAUAAAAAAGCUAUGUGGACUAUUGGUGUCAUCAGAGUUGAUUACUGCAGAUGAAAUAAAGCGAAGUGAGAUAAACAUUAUAAUUCAGGGGAUUGUGCUUGGUCUUCUGCUAUAUCCAAUAACUUUGAAGUAUACUCUCCAAAUAUGGGAGUGCUUUAUAAAUACAACUUAUUCUGAGCAAAGAAGAUACUAUGAGAUUUGGAGAUCCCUUAUAUUUAUUGCUUCCCUUGGAUUCGUCCUCAUUGUGGUUGUACCAUUAUGGAUGCAGUUCGUACAGAAGUUUGAUAUGCAUCCCUUUUUCUGGGUGCUUUCCUUUGUUUUCUCAGAGCCAUCCAAGAGACUGUCGUUAUGUAUCUAUUGGAUGUGUAUAAUUUCUAUUUCUGUUUUGCGAUUCUACAAGAUCUCUAAGAACAGUAAGAUUGAGAGGAUUCUUUUGCGGAAAUACUACCAUCUGAUAGCUGUCUUGAUGUUUUCGCCUGCCCUUAUCUUCCAGCCAAAAUUUCUCGAUCUAGCUUUCGGUGCAGCAUUGGCGGUUUUCUUAAUAUUAGAAAUUAUUCGAGUAUGGAGAAUCUGGCCCUUUGGACAACCAAUAAAUCAAUUUAUGAAUGCAUUCACCGAUCACCGUGACUCUGAUCUUCUCAUUGUCAGCCACUUCUCACUCUUGCUUGGAUGUGCUCUCCCUAUUUGGAUGUCAUCUGGGUACAAUGAUCGACCUCUUGCCCCUUUUGCGGGAAUUUUGAGCCUAGGAAUUGGAGAUACAAUGGCAUCAAUGGUUGGGCACAAGUAUGGUGUUUUGAGGUGGAGCAAAACUGGCAAGAAAACAGUUGAAGGUACUGCAGCUGGUAUAACGUCUGUACUAGCUGCUUGCUCUUUACUCCUUCCACUCAUAGCAUCAACUGGAUACAUUUUCACUCAGCAUUGGUUCUCUCUCUUUCUAGCUGUGACUGUAAGUGGUUUGUUGGAGGCCUACACGGCGCAACUUGACAACGCAUUUAUACCACUUUUUUUCUAUAGUCUUCUCUGUUUAUAGGCACAGCUCUCUCACAAGAGCAAGUUGCCUUUAAGAGCAAUGAUGUGGUUCUGCAGAUAUGCUUCCUGGCUGGGCAGUGUUUUGGCAGAAGAGGUCAGAUUGUAAUUAACCUAUGCAACGAUACAUGACAGUUAGGUUUGGUGUAGAUAGUUAGGAUUGUAUCUUUAGACAGAAAUGAUAGGUAUACAAGUGUUUUGAUGUUUUCUUUUAAAGGGUUGAUACCCUGCAAAUAGCAUACUGUAUGCAGGAUAGGAGUGACAAUUUUCCAGUUUUUUUUAAGCCAUGUAUCAGGCCAUGAGAGAGGAGAGCUGUUGAACACUAGUUCACUUGUUCUAAAGGAAUUUUUAAUGUCUUCAAUUUUCACACAUAUAGUAAUUUUCAUUUCUUAAGGUCAUGUUGUAUAUCUGCACGUCAUAGAUCCAACAAUUUUAAAUUAUGCAAGAAAUAUUCAUUAUUUAGUCACUUUUUCUAAAGGAGUUUUUAUUGUCUUAAAUUUUCACACUUACAGUACUUUUCAAUUUUUAAUGUCUCCAAGCCUUUGGCGACCCUGGAUGUUUUCACAUUUACUUUUCAACAUCCAAACAUCAUGUUAGUCAAGAAACAGCCGCUCGAUGAACUCUAACAAUGGUAACCUUGAAACAAUGAAGAGUAGUAUUUUUGACCAUGAUAAGUUCACAUUUCAGAUGUAUCUAUAUUUCUGUUAGUAACUUUGAUCAACUGUGCUGUAGAUAGAGAUAAUUGAGUAGCUCAGGCAGGCAUAAUGUUGACUAGUUCUUCUAGUGAAUUCUCUUGACUUUCAACAUUUGAGCUGAUAAAUAUCUGAGGCAGCUGGAGUGGAGUAGAUAUAUCUGUUGACAGGUGGACCAAAGCUAAAUAUCUAGAGUUGCAUUGUUGAUCCAACACUAACAGUAGCUGCAGCUCAUGAAUGACUCAUCUUCCCAGUUAUUGGUUUCAAAAUUGAGACAUUUUUGUUUGCGGUAUGCUGAUGUAUAUAUGACCUGAAGACUGAGUGAGAGGGACUACUAAGGAACACUUGCUCAAUGUAGGGCAUCCAACACAUGACCCCCUUUAAAGGUGUUUUGUUGUGGGUGGGGGCUGCGACAUUAAAUACUUAUAGAAACGCUUUUUGGACAUCUUAAACCGACAGCCGACGUGGUAUUUGGUACUUUUUUGUUCUCUCGAAUAAAACCAACACUUAUUCAGGAUGUAUUUUAUACAAUGUCAUUUUCGAUGUCAAAAUAUCAGUGUUCAGAGAUUACCUUUUGGA